UUUCUGAUAACCUAUGAAACUGAAAACAAAUUGAUGAAUUGAAAAAGUAUUUAAAUAGAAAUAAAAUUCAAUUUGCUGUUAGUCCAGAAAAACAUCAAAAACCAUAAAAAAUGGAAUGGCAUAAAGUGUUCUUAAUAUUUUUUGCCAUAAUCCUAGUGCAAACCACAUACUGUAAACCUAGGGACUACAGUUCAGCCGAAAUUGAAUGGGCCAAAAAUGUAGUGAACAUAAAUCCAUCAGCCUCCGAAAAACUGCUAAUAUUUGUUGUCGACAAUUUAAUGACCAUACCCAAAAAAUACGCAGCCAAUGCUGUCAACACUACCCGAUAUUUACUUAAAGAUGAAGCUCUUGAGGACAUUAGUGAAACCGAAAUGCGUGAGUUUAAGGAAAAGCUUAAUAUAGUAUUACAUGAAUAUGAUCCUUCGGCGAGAAAAAUGAAAUCUUAUUACAAAACUAUGGAUCAUUUUGUCAAUAUGGUUGAUUAUUACUAUGGCCACCAUGAACCGAAAUACUCAAUUAUUGUCAGUCUUUUGGAUAAAUACGAUUGUAAAAAUGUCGCCAUGAAACUUAAUGAUCAUUUAGAUAUAUUUUUUGUUGAAUUUAUGAAAAUGUUUAGAGAAAGGAAACAUGAUAUGAGUGAACCGUUAUUGGAUUGGUAUGAUCGAUUUAUAACUUUAACGGAUAUGCAGGAGAAAAUGAAAUCAAUAAUUGAAUUUGUAGAUCUUGCUUAAGAUAACAAAUAAAGAAUUUGCUCAAAAAAA